UUUCGAGCCAGACAUCGCCGUCGCCCAAUUGCUUUAUACUAGCUUUGCGCCCACCCUCGCCAUGCGUAAGAGGUUUCACGGUCUAAAGAAGCCCAAAGUCCGAGCCGACUGGUCAAAAUGGACCUUGUAUAACAUCUCGCGCCUCACAACUCCCUUCGCGAACAACAAGACUUUCUUCCAGCAGAAAUGGCUAGCAAAGUCUCUGACCCGUGCCUACCACGGUGAACAAAUCCGUGAAGGCAAAUGGACUCGCAUGUUUGACCGUCGCCUUCCCGCCGUUGUCCCCAUGGAUUACAAACUUCUGGCCCGUACAGAUGGUUCCGAGCAGGCUGCAGGCCGUGGUUCUGGUCUUGAUCUCAGAAGAAAAAGGGACGAUGAUCGAGCUGGACCUGGUCGAGACAAGGACCCUCAAAGGACGCCCUACAUGCACAUGACAUAUUUCCCGACUGAGCGCAGACUGGAUACUGCUGUAUGGCGUGCUCUGUUCGCCAGCAGUGCUCGCCAAGCAAGACAAUUCGUUGUUCACGGCUUUGUCAAGGUCAACGGAAAGAAGAUGCAACACCCCGGCUACCUUCUUAAUCCCGGCGACAUGUUCUCAGUUGAACCAGAGCGCGUCCUUUAUGCCACUGGCGCACGCAAGCACAACAAGAACACCCCAGACUCAUUGCAAGGCCGCGAGGAGGCCGAUGAAAUCGAACAGAUUGUGGAUGAUGAUGCUGAGGAUCUUCUCGACGAGUCUGCGACCAAGAACGGCGACGAAGCCUCGAAGGCAUCUGCAAGCUCCACAAAGACAAUUCCCUCUCCCGACGAGGACCCAAAGGCCGCUCUCAAGUCAUUACUCGCCCGCGCACAAGACAUCACCAAAGAGAGCAAGGAGGGCUUGUCUGGCAAGCGCAAGCAGGAUCUACGCGCAUUCGCCAAGUCGGUCAAGCAGACCAUGUCUCGCCUGCGACCUUCUGGGAUUGCUAAGACUGGUACCGAGACAAUCGACACAUUGGAGGAGACGUUGAACGCCAUUGCCGCCAAGGUGCCUGCUGAAGGAGCCCCAGUAGAGGCAGCUCUGCCCGAUCAAAAACAGCCCGUCAAGAGAGAAGACGCAUUCCGUGCCCGCAAGGAUGCCGAGCUACUGCAUGCCGCCCUUGCGCGUGCCAACGAGAACCCUAUCGAUGCAUCAAAGCCAUAUGCUACACCGUGGAGACCGCGUGAGUUCAUGAGUGCAUUUGCAUUCAUCCCGCGGUACCUGGAAGUCAACCAGAAGAUCUGCAGCGCCGUCUACCUCCGCCACCCGGUUGCUAGACCAGGAUUGGCAGAGGUGCCUACACCAUUUGCCAACGAGACAAUGGCUCUUGCAUUCAACUGGUACCUCCGCAGACGUUGAACGAAUUGCAUGUGGUGGAGUGUUUCGGCUUGUACAUGUUCAAAAACAAUUGGGGCGGCGUUAUAUGCACAUGUUUGUACUAUAGUAAACGGAAUGGGAAAGAACCCACAAUGUGAACAGGCAAUUGGCCUAUAUUUCUCAAAUGCAGUGGGUUCUCUAACGUGCUGUCUCAUGAAGUUAGUGAUGCCCCUGAAAAUCUGCAACGGAUCGAGCGAUACGAAAGACAAGUGCACCCCAGAGACGGGAUACAGUUUUGAUAGUUGUGUUCAAGCAUGAGCGGGCAAGGGAUCCGUAGCCAAUAGCAAGC